GGCCCGCCCAGUUGUUCCAAGCUGAUUGGUUGAGCAGAUGUUGGGGCGUCGUUUGAAUUUCACUUGCUGCUGCUGUUUAGUGUGGAGACUGUACGGCGGAGGUCGACGACUUCAUUCAUUUGUGUUAAACACUGGAUAUUUGUUCAACUUAACAGUUGAACCUUGGCUGCAGUAUUAUUCAUCUUCCUGACCUGUCAGUUGGAGGAUGCGUCGUAGCACGGGUGCAGACCGCAGGAAGGGCAAACCUCCUCAACGUCGCCCUCCACAGCCGGCCCCAGGGACCUCUAGGCUCACACCCCAGAAGACAAGACUGAGCGGAGUUUCAAAGGAGCCCCUUGCAUCUCCCCGGAAGAGAAGGUUUAGACCAGGAACCAAGGCCUUAAUGGAGAUCCGCAAGUUCCAGAAGAGCACAGAUCUUCUGAUCAGCAAAGCGCCCUUCUCUCGUGUGGUUCGUGAGAUAUGCCAGAGUUAUUCCAUAGAGGGUCUCAGGUGGCAGGUCUAUGCUCUUCUGGCCCUGCAGGAGGCUGCAGAGGCGUUCCUCGUCUUGUUAUUCUCAGACGCCAACCUGUGUGCCAUCCAUGCCAAACGGGUUACUGUGUUCCCCCGAGACAUCCAGCUGGCCAGGAGGAUCCGUGGGGUGGAUAACCUGUAAAAACCACACGGUACCAAGUGGGCAAGCAAUACUAGGACAGGAAUGACUCUUAUAUUUGUUCAACUUUAGUCUGUUCUGAUACUUUGAAACUGUUUUAUCAGCACAAAUGGCUACAUGCCUGUCACAAUGUUUUCUGACUUGUGCUAACUUUUUGAAAGUUUGGUCUGUAAGUUCUUCUCGGGGCAAAAAACAUUUAUUAUUUAUGGCAGUAGAUGAUCACAGGUUUUGUUUCAAUGUAACUGGUUAAAAUGCAUGUCUUUUGAGUUUGCUUCAAAUCACCUAUAUAAAGUUGCGCCUGAAAAUAACAUUCCAAGAAAAGAAAAGCUGACAAAUAAUUCUUGUCGAUCAGCCUUAUUUUUAAACAACGGUGCAUUUUUCUCUUUACAUAAUAGAUCUGCUGUGUAAGUGUUGCAUUGAUUUAUAUGUGUUAUUGAUGUGUACAUAUUGUUCCUCAUUUAAGUAAACUUAUUUUGUUAAAAAACA